UCCGCGCUCCUGCUGUUCCAGUUUGGUGGAAAGCAAAGCUGAGCUCUCGAGAGGAUUUAAAAUACCGGCGUCAAGCUUCCGUGACAAACUGGGGAAAAACUAUCAAGAAAGUAUAUACAGUACCUUGACCGUCACGAAAAAGUGUAGAUACCGGCGAAUUAUGUUAUGAAGUGAAGACUGGAAGUCGCGUGAGCUCGUGAAAAUGAGUACUUUACCAGCAAUACCAAGACAGAAUGUGGGGCUUUUCCCUUCUAUAAAUGCACCAUCCUCUUUCACGUCACAAGCAAAGAAGACAUAUAGGGUUUUCAUUAAGGGCAAAGAUCCUAUCAGAAUACCAUCUUGGCAUGAAAAGCUUUCAAAAUUUUCCAAAUCAGAGAUUGCAGCUUACAGGAAUUCUCACAAACACAACAUCUGCAUAGACAUGCUGAGCGACGGUUAUCACAAGUCCUUCUCUGAGCUCUUUACUCUGAUCCAGAAGUGGAACGCCUCAAGGGAGGCUGCAGGGCCUGGGUCAGCCAUAUGGCAUCAGAAAUCCCUCGAGGAGCAGCCUGAUAAGCUGGAUCAGCUUCAGCACUUCCUGACCAGGGCUGAGGAGGCCCAGAGAGCAGGCCAGUUGGAAGAAAGGUAUAAGAAUCAGCUGUCACUGGCACUUUACUUCAAAUCAGCAGAGGAUAAGUGGCUUUCUGAUCAUUUUUUUGAAUCUUGUCUCAGCACUGCUAAGCUAAUCAAGGUAGACGGUGGGAAAAGAGAAGCUGAGGCACAUUCAAACAUGGGCCGGGUCCAUUCUGAGCAUGGUCAGCUAGAGAAAGCUGCCGAACAUUAUGAAGCAUUUCAUCAUCUAACACUUGGAAGAGCUUGGAAGGAUGAAACAGGGAGAAGUUACAAGUCACAAGCCUGUGAGAGUCUAUGGAGAAUUUACACAUUACUGGCAGACAAAAUGCUUGAAAAUAAGGAACACGAGCAAGCUAUCAAAACUCUAAUAAAAGCCUUUGAAAUGGCUCGAGAAACAGGUGACAAGAAAAUUGAAGGGGAGGCUGCCUACCGUGUAGGUGCAGCCUACAACAGUUCAGGAGAUCCAGAAACGGCAAUCACAUACCUUGAAAUGAGUAUGCAGAUCUUCACAGAACUGGGAGACAAGGAUGGAAUUGGAAAAACCUGUCAAGCACUGGCUAAAGCUUAUGAAAGUCAAGGAAAUAUUGAAGAGACUAUGAAGUACCUUGAACAAUUCGUAGCUGUAGCCGAGAGCAGCGAGCACAGUGAAAGUCUGCUGGAAGCCUGCAUGUCCCUCGGUGAAAUAUCCAACAUGAGGGGACAGUAUGAAAGAGGCUUUGAGUAUUUUGAGAAGGCUUAUGAUAUUUCAAAGAAGUUAAAGGAUUUGAAGCAGAUACAGAAGGCACAGGUCUACAUUGGCAUCUCGAAAGCUCACAUCAUGAUGGCGACGUUCAGCAGUCACAUCAAAGCUGGCGGACGUGUCAACACUGAGAGCCUCCUGGCAUGGAAAGAUAACUGAUGUGACCCAAAAAAGUCCAGCAAGCCAAGCGUAGAGUGCAAGUCACUGGUCAAGAAACAUAUUAUUCUUAAUGGUGGAACCUUGUCAUCAUCUUUUUGGAUUUUCUCACUUAUUAUCAAGGUGCCUAUUCAGACUCUUUGUAUAUAAUAUACUUGUGUUAAAAAAAAAAAGAAUCAUAUUAAAGUAUAGGGCAUAUCAGAAAUCUGGACAGAAUUGAAACCUUCCAUCCAUUUUCCAACCUGUGUAAUCCAAUUCAAGGUUGCAGGGAAACCAAUCCAUCAAAUCUAAUUGUUCAUAUAAUUAAUUUGUUUGUGAGGGACAAAAUAAGGGGAACGCCAGACAAUAACUUAAUAUCAAGGACCUUAUAAGGAGUAUGGCCACCCUCAGCUUUAGAUAGAUAGAUAGAUACUUUAUUAAUCCCAACAUCAACUCCACUCCUUCAUACCUGACCUGAACUGUAUAUAAUGGAAAACUGCAAAACUGUUGUUCGAGAAGAAAAAAAACUCCAGUUCAUCUUCUCGCACUGCAACCCUAAAAGACAUUUCAGUUCAUCCUAGCGUUCACAUGUGUAUGAGGAUAUUAUCACUCUGGAAUAGGAGACCAUCAUAAAGGGAUAAUGUUUGAGCCAAAGGGUGAUUUGCUUGCUCUCAUAAUGGCAAAAAAGGUGUUGAGGCCUCUAAAAGAGCCGUAAACCAAGCAUAGAAUAGGCCUCACCCUAGGCAGUGUGAUCCCGGAAUUAGUCUGUCCAGGCCCAAGAAAAAUGUCCAAAACGCUUUUAAAGAUCAAAAAUAUAUUAAAUAUAUCAAAAUGAACCACAACGUGUUAGGAAUUUAUAUUUUACAAAAUGUGUGCGUCUCCGUUUUGUAUAAACCGGGUGUUCUUACACUUGUUUUGGAAUUUUUGCUGGCCCAGCAGAUUACAAUCUGUUUUUUUUUUUUAAAUUAAGCUUAUGUUAAUUAUAGUAGUAUUUUUGGGGUCAUUGUUCACCAUUAUUUUAGUUUUAUACAGGCCUCACCUCUUAUAUAUUUUGGAUUUUAUUUCAUUCCAGUGACUAUCUUGGGAAUGCUACAAUUUUAUGCCCAUUGCCUGGCUAGUUUUUUCCAUCAUUCAGGGACCCAUCUCCCACAAUUGUUACCUGUGGAUGAUUGCAGCGACAUGUUUAAAAAGUUGUACAUUUCACCAUAUCCUUAUUGUAACUGUGGACAGUGCCGGUGCUAGGUUAUUCUGCGUCCUAGUCCAAGCUUAUUAGAACACCAACCGACUAUCCAGUAGCUAACUGGAUAGCUGUGGCUGGGGUUUUCCCCUACUUAUGAUCUGCGCCCUACGAGAUUGCCUACUUCAUCUCAAUGGUGGCACCAGCACCCUGGCUAUGGAUAAAACACCUUUGUUAUACCUUCCUUGCAGUUUUGAAUUGACCUUUUUUGGUUCAUGACUUGCCCUUCGUUCCUUUGACUUCGAUUUUUGUCCAGAGCUUUGGAUACUUUGUUACGGUUCUGUUUCGCAUUUCGUUCUCGGUUUCCCCUUUAAAUCUUUUGUCGCUCAUUGGCAUUACACCACCAUUUUGCAUCUCCUGUUGUUAGCACAAGCAACUAUUGUGGUUAGGAAUGUGUUCUCAGAGGUUGUGACCCCCAGGUAACAAUAUGACGGGUUAAAAGUUUGUUUUUCAGAGCACUUAUUCAUUUAGGUUUGUGGAUAAGAAACCCUUCUUCCAAUAUCAGAACUUUUCCGAGUUUGGCGUGUGCUUAGCGUUUGAGUAUGAUUUUUGUCUCUCGUUUUGGAUUUAAUGACCAUGUUGAUUGAUCUUUACCAUCAUGAAAUACUAAUUUCUAGCGUGCUUAGCAAAAUACAAGGGAGAGGAACACUAAAAAACCUCUGGCUUGAGAGACUUCAUCGUUUUUUGGUGCUAGGAUUGCCCGUGUACUCAUUUCUUCUGUUGAUAACCCUUUGUGGUGAAAUUCUUC